ACGACAGCUGUUUUCAAUACGACGAUAUUUAAAGACGGUGACAAAUGUGUACAUUAAACGAUGACUUUGUUUACAAACGACGAUCUUCAAAGACGGUUACAAAUAUCUACGUAUGAUGAUGACCGUCCGUUGUAAACAGAUAAUGGUUCUAUGACUGACACGUAUACUAAUCGCAGAUUUUCGGGCUCAAGAAAAACAAAGUUUCAAAUUUCCCGAAAAAUGACUAAUGAACCUAAAUACAAGUCUGACUGGGCCCCAAAAUUUGAAUCCUAAAAAAGGAGGCCCAUCCCCCCAAAACUAAUUUUGCUCUCUCAAGUCCCUAUCCUCAUCAUCAUCAAGAUUUUUCCAAAACCCUAACCCUCAUCGAAUCCCCACAUUCACUGAGCACCACAAGCUUUAAAAAAAAAUACAAAAACAAGAAAAUGGCCAAAAAGAAAGCAAGCCAGCAACCCAAAGUCCCAAGGCAAGAAGCCCUUGUACAGUCAGACCACAGAGCAGAGCAAAUGAGUGACGCCACACCUAUCCCCCCCAUGGCCGCCGUCGAUGACUUUCCAGACAAGCUCCAGAGCUUGAAGUCCCUCAACUCAAGACUUCUCAAGGAGACCUUUGAGCGGAGGCAACAGAUGGAGUCGCUGGUCCAAGAUAAAGAGGCUCUCGAGUCUGAGCUGGCUCGGUCUGGUCAGGAAAAGAAUGCAUUGGAGUCUGAGCUGACUCGAGUCAGCGAGGAGAGUCUUGGUUUGGAGUUGGAGAAGGGUGUGUUUCGUGCUUUCUUGAACGCUCAGGUGGCCCAAAUGGGGAUUGUGUUUGAUGGGUUGGUGAGAGAGAAGAUAGUUGAGGUUGAUAGGGUUAAGAGUGAGAACGAGGUUGAGAUAAGGUCACUGAAGAGUGAAGUGAACAAGCUUGUGGAUAGUCUUCAAAGUGAGAGAAGUGAGGUGAAGAGGGUUUGCCUAGAGAGGGAUGAUCUGAGAAAGGAUUUUGAUGUUCUGGUUCAGGAAGCGACUCUGUUAAAGAAGAAAGUGGUGGAUACGGAGAUGAGAGAGAGAUUGAUGAAGGAGGAAGUUGAGAAGCUGAAAAUACAAUGUGAAGGGCUAAUGGAGGGAAGGGUUGAGAGGGAAGCUGCACUUGAGGUGCUGAAGAAGGAGAAAGAUUUGGCUGAGAGGAAACUAGGGGUGUCACAGAAGUUAAUUGUGGAAUUCAGGAGCGUGAAUGAGCGGAUUUUGAGUGAGAAGAACGACAUUGAGAGGGAGAAAAAUGGAUUAGAAAGACAAAUUGGUGAGUUAGAGAAGGAAGUGGAACAAAGAAAUGAUACUGUAUCGAAUUUGAAAAGAGAGGUUGCGGCAAUGGAAGCCAGUAUUUUGGAGUCGGAGAGGUUCAAUAGGGAGAGCGUGAAUGGUAUGGAGGCGGAGAUUAAAUCAUUGAAGGAAGAGACGAAGGUGAAGGAACAAGAUAUAAAGAAGUUGCAGUCACAGUUGUAUGAAGUAGAGUUGACUCUAAAGAUGGCCACAAUUGAAGUGGAUGAUAAGCAACGAAUGAUUGAAGAACUGACUGAAAAGAAAACCCAGAUUGAGGAUGCGUUUCGCAAUCAAGAGGAUGAAAUUGUUAAGCUGAAUAAGGAAGUGGGUGAACUAAGGGAUGCUCUAUUUUCACUUCGAACUUCUUACAGUAAUCAAGAGGAAGAGAAUAACCAACUGCUUUCUGAAUUAAGUAACAGCAAGGAUGCUAUUGGCCAUGUGGAGAUGGAGCUCAAGUCAUUGAAGGAGGAGAAGGAAUCAAAUAUAAGGAAGUUACAGUCGCAAUUGCAUGAGGCAGAGGUGGCUUUGAAUAUGACCACAAUGGAAGUGAAGGAUAAGCAACGAAACAUUGAUGAACUAGCUGAACAGAAAUACCAGAUUGAGGAGGAGUUUGCUAAUCAAGGGAAUGAAAUUGUUAAGCUGCAUAAAGAAAUGGGUGAACUUAAAGAUGCUCUACUUGAACUUCGAACUUCAUGCAGGGAUCGUGAAGAAAGGAACAAACAACUGCUUUCUGAAGUAAGUAAUAACAAAGAUGCUCUUCACCACCUCACCCUUCAGAAGAAUGAGGCUCAAAACGCUUUUGAUGGUGCAAAGAAGAUUGUUGAAAACUUGAAGUUGGUCAUUUCAGAAAGGGAGAAGAGGAUUGAAGAAGUCACUAAAGAAUCCCAGGCUCUGAGUGAUGAGCAUGAAAAGCUACUGAAGAAAACUAAAGAAACAGAGAAACAAUUGGGAUCGUUGGUAAAGGAAAGAGAUGCAGCACAGAAUAGCCUUCUUGAGGUGCAGACCAAAAUGGAGGAAUGGAAAGCUAAAGUAGAAUUUGCUGGCAUCAACUCCGAAAGGGCACUGACCUUGUUGAAGAAAACUGCAGCCAUGGUUUCGGUUACUCAAUCCGAAGAGGGCAGUAAAGAUGGUAAGAAAGAUGUGGUCAUCCGGCAGAGGAAGCUCGAAGGAGAAGCUCAACCGUAUGUUACAGAGUUGGAAGCCAUCCAAAAUGCUUUCAGGAACAAGGAGAAGAUGGUAGAAGAUAUGAAGCAACAGGUGGAGCAUCUGAAGCGCUCAACUGCAGAGGCGCGUAAGCAGAAAAGCAUUUGGACUUUGAUCACUUCAGCAACUAUUUUUGCUGCAGCUUCUUUUGCAUACGCUGCCAAAGGGCGCUGAGUAACUCUUUUGAUUCCCUUAAUCAAGUUUUGUUACUACAAUAUGACAUUAGUUGCUUUUGGUAGAAUUACUAGGAACAAUCUAAUCAAGAUCUGCUUGAUGUCAUGGCAUAAUGCUAUGCUAUUUCUCCUUUCAGAAUUUCCUAUUUUGACAAUAAUGUUUCUUUACCGGAUUAUGAUCCCUAUUAGCUGCUACCUCUUGGCUUCUUUGUUACUUUUUACAAGUAUGAAUAUAAGUUUUUUGAACUUC